AUGAAGCACGUUCGUAUCCUCGUGCUCGCCUUUUCUACCGUUUCUUCCGUUCUGGCGAAGAAUGGCUGCUACAAGGGCGGCGAGCGCGCUUUCUCCAAGGAACUGGCGGCCGCUAGCCUAGUCAGCGUCUGCGACCACAUGCUCGCCUCGACAGGCAGCUCCAGUUUCAACGAAUCGUCACCAAGCCGGACUGCAUGCCGCACCUAUCCGAGCAUGGAGGUAUCAACUGAUAACGCAUGGUACAACGAUAACAGGGACAAGGCGUGGUUUUUCCAGAUCUUUAUUGACCCAAAUAACGACAAUGAAAAUGGGUUCAAUCUCAAGAGGGCAGACUGUGUGAAGGAGUUUGAACAUGCGAUCAAUCUGUGCGACUUUGGCGCAAUUAGGAAAGUGGGCAAACUAUGGCGUUUCCGUGCGGACCCACAGUACAAGCGCUGCGAGAUGGAAUGGUCGGAUAGCGUCACGGGUGAAGUGAUCGGGUUGCACAAGUUGAACCAGCCCUGGAAGACCAAGAAGAAGGGCACGAGCCAGGAGGAGCCGGAUGAUGAGGAUGAUGAGGAAGACGACCAGGAUGAGGAUGAAAAGUUUAGGAAGGCCUUCAAUGCCCUCGUGGGAUAUAGAGACCGUAACGGCGAGGACAAGAAUUUUACAAAGGCCCUCGAGGUCCUCAAGAACUACAAGUUCCGCAAGGACGACAAAAAAGCCAAAGCCUCUAAGCAUAGCUGA